GCUUGGGAUUGGGAUAGCGAGAGGCCGAAUACGGGAUCAAUUCGACCACGUCCCACGCGACAAUUCAACCCAAUCCGACCAUCGACGACUCGCCCAACAUGGUCGGCUCCAUACUCCGCCAGUUCUUCUCCCCGGCGACUCGUCGUCCCCUCACCACAGCCCUCUCAACACCACCAAGCCGCCUCAUCCAACCAACCAUCCGAACAUUCACAACCUCAGCACCCCGCGCAUUCGCCCCCACAACAGCUCGCCCAGCUACACUGAACCAAGUACUCCGCGGUAUCCGAAAAGGCAAGCGCGCACGCCACGCUGUCUCUCCUGCUCUGUCCAACACAAAUUGUCCCGCUCUGAAGGGUGUCUGUCUCCGUGUUGGUGUUGUUCGACCCAAGAAGCCCAACUCUGGUGAGCGAAAAACCGCUCGUGUGAAGCUUUCCACUGGAGCUGUUGUUACGGCGUAUAUUCCUGGCGAGGGACACAAUAUUCAGCAGCAUAGUGUUGUGUUGGUGCGAGGUGGACGUGCACAGGAUUGUCCUGGUGUGAGAUACCAUCUUGUUCGAGGAGCUCUGGAUCUGGUACGUUCAAUGCCUGUUGGCCUCGAAUUGAAGUUCUGGCCACAUCUAUAAUACUUGUCGUUAUACUAACUACUCCAGGGUGGUGUUGCGAGCCGAACAA